AUGGCGAGGGACGCGGCGAACGAAGAGAAACGGCUGCGGCGGUGCCGUUUAGGCCCAGAGGCGUGCGAGACGGAGGACGACGCGCGCGCGACGGACGCGACGAAGACGCGCGCGGGCGUCGUCGCCGACGGCGCCGACGCCGACGCCGACGCCGAAGAGGGAGAACCGCGGACGAACGGUGAGCGUCUCUGGGAGACGGCGCGGACGCUCGUCUUCGACGCGCUCGCGCGUCCCCUGGAAGGGGGCAUCGCCGAGAACGACGACGAUAUCAACAUAGCGUUAGACGUGCUGAUGAUGACGACGACCGCGUCCGAAGACGCGCCGGGUCCCGCCGGCGGCGGCGGCGGCGGCGUCGCCGCCGCGGAGGCGCCCGCGCCCGCCAAAGCUCGCGGCGAGCGCUCCGAGGACGUCGCCCUCGCGCGCGCGCUCAUCGCGAAAACGCAAGGUCGGUCGCAACACUGGAAAGGGUUCACAUGCGACGAGCUCGACGUCCUCGCGCGGGAAGUGAGCAUCGUGAGCUACGACGACGGCGAGCGCGUGAUGCGAACGGGCGAGGCGGCGGAUUUCGUCGCGUUGAUCUUGUCCGGCGCCGCGCGCGUCGAGAUCGCGGACGUUCGUAACGCGUCUCAAACGACCGUUUCAACAAAUUCGAAUACCAAACGCCGCGUCGCCGGGGUCUUCGGACCCGGGUCGCUCAUGGGCGAGAUGGCGCUGUGGGAGGGCGGCGUUCGGUCCGCGGACGUCAUCGCGUGCGGCGAGGACGGAGGGACCGUCGUCGGGUUGUUUCACUUUGACGACUUUGUGGAUUUUUUCGAGCGGGACCCGCGCGUCGCGAUGAAGCUGUUCCAGCUCUUCGUGCACGCGUCCACGAGCAAGCUGAAGGAGUGGCGGCUGCAGACGAUGCUCUCCGCGACGGGCGCGAGCCGCGAGCCGCGGCCGCGCGGCGCUGGCGGCUCGGAAGACGAAGAAAAGAAAUUGAACGACGAAGACGACGACGACGACGACGACGACUUUCUCGAGCUCGCGCGAGCGGCGCACGCGACGCGCGCGCUCGGGGACGAGAUCAAGGACGCUGACCUCAUCGCGAUGUCCAAGCGCGUCACGCUCGCGAGAGGCGACGUCGGCGCCGUCGUCGUCGCCGCCGGCGCGCUCGCGGGGUCGCUCGUGAUCGUGCUGAGAGGGAGAGUAGAGAGCUGGAAGGGCGGGUACGAAACCGGGGAGAUGUUAACCUCGCACGGCGUCGGCGAGAUGGCGUCCGUGGAGGAUUUCGUCGAAGCCGUCCACGGGCCACACGAGCAAAGCUGCGACGUCGUCGUCGCGGAAACGGAUACCGUGUGUGCUUUACUAUCUGUCGCCGGUUUAGUGGAAGGCAACGCCGCGGACCCGGAGGCGAUGUUUAAGCUCGCGUGCGCCGCGGGGGCGACGAUGGCGCGGGAGUUGUCGAGUAGGUUAGAGACCGCGCGCGCGGCGGCGAACGACGCCACGACGACGACACAAGCCGUGGUGGAGGAGAAGAACGACGACGACGACGACGACGACGAAGAAGAAGAAGAAGAAGAAGAGGAGGAGGAGGAAGAGAAACAGGAAGAGGAGGACGAAGAGAAAGAGAAAGAGAAAGAAACGAGCGACGAAGACAACGAGCGGCGCACGGAGGAAGAACCCGCAGACGCGGAGCCCCCCGCGCGGACCUUUCCGUCCGUCGUCGUCGCGCGGUGGCGAUCGAUCGACGCGGCCGCCGAGGAAGACGCGCGCCGUCGCGAGAAGGACGACGAGAGCGAGCGCGUCGAUUCUCCUCAGGACGACGCGCUUCUCCCUGUUCACAGAAAAACGCACACGGACGAGGCGUUAUUCGACCACCACACCGGCGAGUACGACGACGACGCGCCCUCGCUUCUUCGCGCGGUCGUGUCGUUCAGCCCCGCGUUCCGCGGGUUCGACGACGCCGAGAUCGACGUUCUCGCGCGGCACGUGAGCCUCGUGAAAGGUGGGUGUCACACCGGUCCCCAUACGACCCCGUUCGCGUUGUGCGCGCUGGUCCUUAAGGACAUUUCCCGGCGUUUCUCUCCGCCCACACCACGGUUUCAAUCCCCGACGCGAUGCCUUUCAACUCCAUCUGACGCCUAUGAACUCCACCCCGACGUCGCUUCGUAUGGAACGACCCUCGUGAAAGUCUCUGCGGGGCGCCAAAUCAUCAGACAAGGCCAGCACCCCACAUUCGUCGCCGUCUUAAUGAGCGGCGGCGGCAGCGUCGUGAACGGCGACGGCGACGUCGUCGCCGCCGUCGCCGCCGGAGACGUCGUCGGCGAGCUCGCGCUGUUUCAACCGGGCGUGCGGCGCGGGACGGUGAUCAGCGCGGAGGACGACACCAUCGUCGGCGCGUUCGCGUUUGAAGAUCUCGCGGCGAUGGCGAAACGGUCGCCGACGUUGGGUUUGAAGACGUUGAUGCUGUACGCGCGGCUCGCGGGGACGCGCGCGCACGAUAACAUCGUGCACGCGUCGCCGAGAGAAGUCAUCGGCGGCGUCGCCGUCGGCGACGGCGACGCCGGCGCCGUCGCGACGAUCCUGAAAGCCGCGCACGCGGCGGCGGCGGGUCUCGACGGCGACGGUGACGCCGGACUCGCGAGCGGCGUCGCGGACGAAGACAUCGAGACCAUCGCGUCGUUCGUCGACGUCAGGCGCUUCGCCCCCGGGGAGGUGGUGUUGCGAGAAGGCGACGUCGGCGGCGGCGUGCUCUUCGUGACGUCCGGCGCCGUGGACGUCCGCAUCGGCGGCCCGCGAGGCGUCCUCCUCGAGCGUAAGACGACCGGGGAGUACGUCGGCGAGGGCGCGUACUUAGAGCACGGCGGCGGCGCGAGCGCGAGCGUCGCGGAGAGCGGCGCGGCGGCGGCGGCGGAGGAGGAGAGGGAGAGGGAAAGGGAGAGAGAGAGGGAGAGGGAGAGGGAGAUGGAGAUGGAGAUGGAGAUGGAGAUGGAGAGGAAGGAUGGGAGCGGGAAGGGGAGAGGGAAGAAGAGCGCGCUCGGGUCGCGACGCGCGAUCGACGCGAAGAAGAGGACGGCGCCGUGA